AUAAUAUAUUAAACAAAAUAGAUAGAUUCCCCUUCACCUUCACCCAUUUCAACUCAUGUGUUUUUCCCCAAAAUCCCAAUUCUCCUUCAAUUUCUGAUCAGACAUGGUUUCGCCUGAGAACACCAAUUGGCUCUACGAUUACGGAUUCGAGGAUAUCACUGCCCCACAAGGAAAUUUCGCCGCUCCCAAUUCCGGAUUCUCUUGGCCCCUUCAAACCCUCACUGCCUCCACAAAUGCCAGUGUUGAAAUUGAUGGAUCAUUUGGAGAAUCUGACUCGCUGAAGGAAACUGGGUCCAAAAAAAGAGCUAGAACUGAGACAUGUGCUGUAUCAAGCUCCAAAGCAUGCAGGGAGAAACAACGAAGAGACAGGCUAAAUGACAAGUUCAUGGAACUAGGUGCUCUUCUCGAGCCAGGGAGGCCUCCUAAGACCGAUAAAGCUGCCAUCUUGGUGGAUGCUGUCCGAAUGGUAACUCAGUUAAGAAGUGAAGCUCAGAAGCUGAAAGACUCGAAUUCGAAUCUACAGGAGAAGAUCAAGGAGCUCAAAACCGAGAAGAACGAGCUUCGUGAUGAAAAGCAAAGGUUAAAGGUGGAGAAGGAGAAGCUGGAGCAGCAGCUUAAGACAAUGAGUGCUCCCCAACCUGGCUUUUUGCCAGCUAACCCAAGCAUCCCCGCUGCAUUUGCGGCCCAAAGUCAAGCUGGUGGUAACAAGUUGGUGCCAAUCAUCAGCUACCCUGGUGUCGCCAUGUGGCAGUUCAUGCCACCAGCAGCCGUUGAUACGUCUCAGGAUCAUGUGCUGCGCCCACCGGUUGCCUAAGAAGGCAAUCUGUUGACAUGCUUAUCGCAGUUUCAUUGUUAAAUUGUUGGCCUGUGCUUGACUAUUACCUUUUGUUGAACCUGUUUUAACUUGGAUAAUGUUGGAUUAGAGAUUGUGAUUUGUCAAACUUUCUUAUCAUAGUGAAGUUUAUUGCUUCUCC